GGCCGCAGGUUCCGGUCUUAACGCCCCAUGAUGGCGUGCCCUCGGAGGCGCGUGCUGCUGCAGGGAUCCGGUUUAGCCGCUCUGCUGCUCCGAGAGCGGGACAGUGUGUUCAGGUCGGCGGGUCUGUCAGUCCGGUUCCGGCACCACAGCACCAAGACGGCUCCUCAGCUCCCCGGGAUGGAGUACCAGGAUGCAGUUUGCACCCUGAACACGCUGCAGACCAACGCCGGUGCCCUGGAGCAGGUCCGGCGCGAGCGGAACCAACCCCAGCAGCAGCUACAGGCCAUGAGGAGCUUCCUGGAGCGAGCCGGCCUCACGGUGGAUCAACUCGACCAUCUCAACAUCAUCCAUGUCACGGGAACAAAGGGCAAGGGCUCGACGUGUGCGUUCACCGAACAGAUCCUGAGGAGUUACGGCUUCCGAACAGGAUUCUACAGUUCUCCACAUCUGGUCCAAGUCAGAGAGAGGAUCCGAAUCAACGGGCAGCCCAUCAGCAAAGACCUCUUCUCCAAGUACUUCUGGCAGGUUUACGGACCUCUGGAUGAAACCAAGGGGGACCAGGGGGGAUCGAUGCCGGCGUACUUCCGCUUCCUCACCAUCCUGGCCUUCCACGUCUUCCUGCAGGAGAAGGUGGACGUAGCGUUGGUAGAGGUGGGUAUAGGAGGCGCGUUCGACUGCACCAACGUCAUCCGGAAGCCGUGGGUCUGUGGCGUCUCCUCCCUGGGCAUCGAUCACACUCAGAUCCUCGGAGACACGAUAGAGAAGAUCGCCUGGCAGAAAGGAGGCAUCUUUAAGCUCGGUGUUCCGGCCUUCACCGUCAGACAGCCUGAGGACGCCAUGGCGGUCCUACGGGACCGGGCCACAGAGAUCGGCUGUCCUCUGUGGGUGUGUCCGGAGCUGGACACUUACCAGACGGACUCUGGACCUUUGAGCCUGGGCCUCGCCGGACGGCACCAGCGCUCCAACGCCUCCCUGGCCCUCCAGCUGAGUCACACCUGGCUGCAGAAGAGAUGUGGACCAGGUGGAACCUUCACCGAUCCAGAGAACCGUAGCAGGUCUCAGGCCCCCUCCUUCCAUCUCAGCCCCAUCAUGGUGAAAGGCCUGGCGAACACCGAGUGGCCCGGCAGAACUCAGACCCUGAAGCACGGCACCGUGACCUACUUCCUGGAUGGAGCUCACACAAUGAGGAGCAUGCAGGCGUGUGUCGAGUGGUUCAGAGAGACGGCGGCUCGCCACGAGAGGAGCGGCAGUGGACCUGCUGCCAGAGUGCUGCUGUUCAACGCCACGGGAGAGAGAGACUCGGCCGCCAUGCUCAAGCUGCUGCAGCCGUGUCAGUUUGACUUUGCCGUUUUCUGCCCGAACAUCACAGAAGCCAUCGCCUCCUGUAACGCAGACCAGCAGAACUUCAAUGUCUCUGUGGAAAAUAUGCUGACCCGUUGCCUUGACAACGAGAGGAGCUGGCAUCUCCAUAACAACCGUGGAGAAGACAACGCAACGUCCCUUUUCAUCGGGGACCGCCUGUCGCUGGUCCCGGAGAAGAUGGCCGACACGCUGGUGUUUCCCUGCAUCCUGAGCGCCCUCCAGUGGGUCACCCAGGGCCGGGAUCCAGUUCUGACUGGUCCGCAGAACACGGUCCUGCCUGUUAAACCCAGCAUCACGGCCAAGGCUGCUCCUCUGUGUGAAGCAGCGGAGAUCCAUGUCCUGGUCACAGGAAGCCUCCACCUGGUGGGCGGAGUCCUCAAACACCUGGACCUAGAGUCUGCCAAGUAGAGCCAGGCAGAGGUGCUGCUGAGCAUCAGACUGUAGCUCCACCCACCGGUGGAGACAACGGUGCCUUACACCAAGCUGGUGGCAAGGUAUGGAGCACCCAUCAUUGUAUUAUCGCUGGUGCUGAUUGGCUGUUUCACAUCAUUAAAUCAGCUCUUUACCCUGCUAAUGAGAUGUUUGGAUCCCGUAGAAAACUUCCUGGAAGUAAACGAUCCAGACGUCUCAUUACAUCUGUGUCUAAAUUAAAAGUUUUCCACUAAACGGAGAACACCGCUGGUAACUAAACUAACUAGAUCAGAAUCUUCCUCCGAGAGUUUAACUCAGCCUUGCUGGCCUGCAGCAAAGGAUCGGACACUUUUCCUGGUCCGUGAACUCACCACCGCUAAGCACGCAUUCACUGGUUUUUAAUUAUUCAGCUAAUCGGCACCGGCCAUCGGAGCCAGAAUCGGUGCAUCUAGUCGCGGUGAGUGGUUCUAGAGUAGCGUUCAUUAGGUGGGCUUUGAUUGUUCCUGCUGACUGUUGGACCGUCUUUAUGGUGCAUUCAAUUGCUUCUGGAUGUUUGUAACACAGGGAAUCCGCUCAGAAGUUAGUUAGGACCAAGGCAGCUUCACCCAGAACCUUACAGACGGGAGCACGGACACGUGCAGCUGUUAACACGAGCCACAGCUGUAGGAGCUGAGCUUUGAUCUCUAACUGAAGCUAAUGUUUACUCAACGUCACGUUUUCUGCCACAAGCUGCAGGCCGCUAACGGGUCUGGAGCUGCUCCGUUCAGCACUUCUGCUUUAGCUCGGGGCUCAGGCUGGGAUUAGAGGGGGGCCUUCUUUAAUCUGGGGUUGGGUGCGUACACACACCUAUUCGUGUUUUUGGUUUUAUGUAAAUAACACUAAUGAGGAAAGUCCUGGAGCAGCGGUUUGAUCCAGUGUUCUGUGGUUAAAUGAGCCUUAAACUAAAUUAUGGGAUGUGCCGUUCAUCAUGGACAGAACGGUGUUUCACACUGAGAUGAACUCCACGUUCGGCCGCAGACGUGAAGUCUGUUCACGGCUAAAGAGGAUUCAUCUAAACGGUGUCUGGUGCUCUAAACGUUUAUUGCAUCUUUGUUUGUAGAAUGUUGUUAAAUGGAUCCAACAAUAAAACAGAGUUUUGUCUAUGA